UAUUUUUUUAUGAAAAAAUAUUGCUAUUAAAAAUUUAGUACUAUUAUUUUUUUAUUACUAUAUUUUUACUACAAUAAUACUAAUAACAAUCAAUUUAACCAUGAUCAUUGCAGAUUGUAUUGGUAUAACACUGUUGUUUGUUUGUACAAUACUGGUCGGUAGCCAAUCAUCUAUUAUAAACGAGAACUUAAUUUUUGGCAAUUUGACCCACAAUGACAACAACAAUAAUAAUAAUAUAAUAUUAUCUCUAAAUAGUUUAAACUAUAAAUCAGAUGGAGAUAUAGCGAUAACAUGUAUUGAGGGCCAACCAGGUUAUGAUUGUUGUAUGAAAAUCAAAGACGACGCAAGAAAAUGUAUUAAUAGUAAACUACGAUUACCUAAUAAGGAUGAAACUGAUAAAUGGUCUGCGGAUGAUAUACUCAAAUAUAGUUGUUGUGCUAUUACUAUGAUGACUGACUGUAUAGAAAUAAGCGCCAAAACAACAUGUUCGGCAGAUGAUUAUGAUUUGUACAAAAAAACAAUUGUCGAGGGUAUUGAUAAAUUGAAUAAAGGACAGUGCGCUGAUCAUAAAAUAGAGUCGGGCAAAUAUGAUUUUUGUUUAAAAACUGAUCCAGCACCACCAACUACACCCACUGUUGCCCCAACCAGCGGUUCAAUCGGUUAUAUUAAUCGACAAAAUCUAUUGACAAAUGUUUUAUUUGUAAUCACAUCUAUUAUUUCAAUUAGAAAAUAUUUUAAUUAAUUAAAUAUUUUUGAAAGUAAUACUAAU